CCGAAAUCUCUCUUAUAAGAUAUGGAAAGGAAGUACCUGUGUCUGUGUAUUGGACUAUCGGUGGCGGUGAAACUUGUUUAAAAUUUGAACACAUAUUAUCACUUGAAUUCAAAGAAGUUAUCUCUGCACUGGUUCCAUUGUGCCAAGCAUUGCAACAUAUUACCAUUGAAUGUCGUAUGUUAGAUCUGCAUAUUCCUGCACAUGACACCAGACCUUUCAUUCCAAUGAGAUCAGUCCUCACCGUUUGCAUUGGCGGCCGCAUGUAUGUUUCCCCGAAUGAAAUCCUAUCGACUCUCAGUGAUUGUUUUCCAAAUGCAAAGAGUCUUGAGUUAUCUUGUGACGGUGAACAUUUUAAACACACUCUAAAAUACCAUUCUGACCCCCCACUGUCUUCCUGGAGACAGGUAAAAUUAGACUUGUGGAACGGACACUCAAGAGACUACGUCUCUCUGGAGACCAUCUUCCUCUCCCUUUCUUCUGCCUGUCAAAACAUAGAAUCACUCUUCAUCAAAAGCCGUAAAACUCUCCAAUGGGACAAGUCAAGCAAAGACGUUAAAGAAUGUACAUUACCUAAUCUGACUGAUAUCCAUCUUGAAUCUCGUUGGUCUGACUAUGCACUUCAAUUCACAACAGAAUUACUACACGUAAGUCGUAGGAUGAGUCGUAGUUUGAAGUUUGUCGAAGUAGAAAGUGUACAGCUAGGAGAUGUAGUAAUGAAGAGUGUUGAAUGGUCCAGAACAUCUUCAGAUUCUUCGUUGCAAAUUAAAGGUGCAUCAGCGGCUGUACCCAUAAUUGACUUAAUUGAUCUUACAACUAGUGACCUUAAAGAGGUUACCGUCCUUACCUUUUACAGUUGCAAGAUUGAUUUCGGUCAGUCUGAAAGUAAGUCCCCGCAAAGUCCGAAGGAACUUGGUUCACUGCGGGAAAUCAGGUUCGUUGGUUCAGAAAACCCACUUUCCGAAUCUGACAGGAACAAGCUGUCGGAGUUGUAUCCUAAUGUCAAAGUGACAGAAAAUCAGACGAGUCAGGAGUCAUCUGAAGAAUCCCAGGAGGGUGCAGGGAUACCUUUCAAGUUGGAUAAGGCCUCCUCUCAACCACUCAAAACCUCUCUAAUAGGUGAGUUGACAGAGACUGUUCUUCAAUAUGAUUACCAGAUAAAUGGUGACUUAUUCAAACUUACCUUUAUGGAAAAUAAUUAUAUUUACAAGGCUUUAUAUUAUGGAAAGAAAAAAGUUAGUAAUCAUAAUAAUAGUAAUAAAGGUGUAUUUACCCAGGGUAGCCACUUCAGCUCCGAAACAUGUUCUCCAGGCGGGUCCUGCUAUUAUCAUUACCCCGGCUAAGCUAGGCUACCUAUUCAGGUGCACACAGCUCUUUGAGGAAUUAGUUCCUGCCGGUACCCUUUUAGCUCACCUGGGUCGAGUGCAGCACACUGUGGAUGAACUUUCCUUGCUGAAGGAAACUACGCCAUGGCUGGGAUUUGAACCCACGACCUUCUGUUUCAAAGUCCGGAGACUAAUCCACUUGGCCACGGCGCUAAAAGUUAAAUCUCACAAUAGACAUAAUGGGGUUAUCAGGAAUUUACUUCUGCAGACAUGGACAUUUUGGGAAAAAUUUACUCAUGCAAAUUACGCAUAUUUAAUGAGAUGGCUAAACUAUCUCCCGUACACUUUCUGAUAUUUCCUCAUUAGUACCAUGAUUCCGAUGUUUCGUUAAUAUCUUCCCAUGCGUGAAUAGACGAUUCAUUGUUGAAAGACAUGUAGAUAUAAUGAUUUAUGAAUAUCACCUGUACUUAACGAAUAUCGGAAAUAAACGAAAUUUAUAAAUAAUAUGUAACUAGUUGUAAGGAAAGAAGUGUUCCUUUUAUUACUAAUCGUUUUUUUAUAUACAUAUGAACUUGCUCAGGAAAAGGUUGAAUUUCAUGAAUAUACAGGCUCACAGAACCCUGAAGGCAGAGAAGAAGAAACAUCAUGGCAAGAAAAAGAAGAGGAAUUUGACGUCAACCAAGGAAGCCUGCCCCGUGAAUCAGGUUUUAUAGGAGUAGAAUAAUUAGGAAAAAUUGUCUUGUAGUACACAACAAGGAUUUGUUUGGUAUUGAAGCAUGUGUACUAGUUUGCAUGUCAUUGAGGAUUUCUGGACGUACUUGAAUUUGUGAUGUUUACAGCACGAAAGAUAAAGAGGGAAGACAAAAGAUAACUGUGGAUUUUUUCCUUGUAAUGCUAGCAUGUUACUCAACUAGACCUUUUUAUAAUUUGAUUAAGAAAAAAACACAUUGACCCAUUUGGGAAAUAGAUGUUUGAAAAAUUGCCAAAGUUAGAAAAAAUUCUUGUUCAAAUACGAUAUCAUUUACAAUGGAUAUUUCAGAAUGUCCCCCGUCAUGGCAGUGUUGAGCGACAAUAAUUUAUUACAAUUUUGAAGUUAAGGCUUUGCAAUAAAGUAGUGCAAUAUAAAUAUUUUUGAUAAUUUUCAGUACCCGAUGAAGGAGAUGUCGAAACAACCAAGAAAGAGUGCUGCAAGAGAGUUGGAGCCGAUGGUGGUAGACUGCGGCUAGAAUCCUUUGGGAUUGAACUUGAGAUCCCCUCUGGUGCAAUCGACAUCAAAGAGCCACAGGAAAUCUCUCUUCGUGUUCUGACCGAUACUCCUAAUCUUGGUGACUCCAAAGACGAGAUGUCAGUCUGCUUUGGUGUACAAUGCUUAGCUCCUGAUGACUUAAUUCUGAGGUCACCGGUGACUUACACAUUACCUCAUUGCGCUGUUGCAGCACUUUACUCCAGUUUACAGGCAGUCCUAUACUCAGGAGAGGGGAAAUACUCGCCACAUGCAGUUAUCAAAGAACGGAAAGUACUGUCACGGACUGGAAUCCCAUGUUGCAAAAUCAGGAAGGACGUGCUCGAACUCAGGAUGGAUCAUUUUUCGUGGGCGAAGAUUAAGAUCAUGUUCAAGCACUUCUUCUUUCGCGGAAAAAGGAUGUGCUUCGUGCCGUUUAAAGAGAAGAACUUGACCUUGACAAAGACACCUCUUAUCUUACAUGCCAACUUUUAUGAUGAUGUGCAAGGGAACAAGGAGACGGUUAAGAGCGAUCAAGAGGAACUAGGAUACAAACCGGCUUAUGAUGAACAACAUGUGCUUAUUAAGAAGGCAGAAGUUGAUCUUAAGGUGACAUAUUGUGUGGACGGCAACGAAGAACGAAGUGCGAUCAUUUCUUUCUGUAGACUAAUACACGGACCCAAGAUUUGUGAACCCGUCAAAUUUGAUGUCCCAAAACAGCCAGAUAAUGUUCAAAUAUCCAUGAGAGCCGGACAAACCAAGGAACUGGAGGUCAAUUGUUCAUUCAGGUUGGAUUUCCCAAUUCCUCGUAGAAAAGAGAACGUUCCUCCACAAGUAGGAGUACAACACGGUGCAACAAGUUUACCGGCGCAGCAGACAUCAGAUGAAACCUUACGGAUCAAUCCAGCUCGAGAGAGGGACUUUGAUGACAUUCUAGAAACCGUUGCAGAAAAGGUUGCCUCACGUCAAGAUAUACAUGAUUUGGGAAAGGCUCUUGGCUUUGGACCAGAGGAUAUCGACCGUUAUGUUGAGGAGAACAAGAAAGAGACAGGCGUGUCGUGCAUGGGAACUCUUUCAAUGCUCCGUAAGUGGAGAAAAAAGCAAACAAAGAAUACAGAGCUGAAAGCCUUGCAGACUGCUCUAGAAGAGGCUGGUGAAAUCCGUCUCGCUGAUGAGCUAUUUGGUGAAUGAUUGAAUGGACCUCAUGAUUUUUGUGAACUAUGAACUAUGUUGUUCAAUGGAGGAUUAGAUAGAGGCAGUCAGUUGGCAGGUCCUCAAAAAGUAGCUUCUUUUAUCCUAGUGAUAUUCAUGAUUAGAGGGUGUUUGCAUUAUUUUCAUGCAUUAUUUUAAUUAUUUCAAGUUGUUGUUUUACACUUAAUUUCUGUUUGAGCCAGAAUGAUCUUUAGAUUAUGAUAAAGCUGAAGAUCUUAGCUUUAAUAUGAUAUUAGUUUUAUAAGAAGAAGUAUUUUAGAUGGGUCACCAGCCAGCUUUUCAUAGGCCAAGUACAUUUAGCAGCUUAUUAAACAAGAAUACUUCACUCCGAUUUGUCAAAGAGACCACACACCCACGCAGAUUCCAACGUUUCCACACUGGUCAUCUGCAAGGUCACACGCACAAUGUGGUUACCUCUUCGAAUUACCCGCGCCUGUUGUUUUAAAAACAUUAUUCACCCAAUCAGAACUCUGGAUUUUAUGCUACUCAGAAAUUCCAGAAAUUUCCUCUCGUAUCUUGAUGGAAAAAGUUUGGUGCUGACCCAUCUAAGAGGUGCCACAUACAGAAGAAGAAAAUUCCGUUUGAGGCAUCUAUUCAGGCCUGAAAUUCACUUAUCAAAUUAUUUUAUUCAAAAGAAACAACCAAUAUAAAAGAGUAACAAGAACGCUUUCCUAUGGUACAAUUUUAUUUGAGUACAAAGUGGUUAAAUUCUUUCAGAUUUAAAGUCUCACAAUUCACGAGAUUGUGCAGGAAUACCUUGCUCAAUUGCUUACUAGCAUAGGGAAAGAAACAGAAAGAAUGAGAGAAAGAUAAACAAGAUGAGUUUAAUAUGACGUUCGUAGCUGAGAAGGGGUGUGCGAACAUGCACGGAUGAGGAUGUGUCUGUGUGUGUAAGAUCAAAUGUUAUUGAUUCGUUGUGUUUAUGGGAGUAUGUGAGGGUGGGUGUGUGCGUGUGUGUGUAAAGGCGUGCAUAUUUUAAUUCAUGCAGCUGAUUGCAAGGUUUUUAUUUGCAUUUUAUGUAUUGUAUUAUAGGGUCAAUGCAGUUUAUUGAAAUAAUCUGAUCUGAAGUUUAUUAAUAUGUAUUUGAUUGUGUUAACGAAAUUCCUGGAAACUCAUUAAUUUAUGAUUUAUGUGCUGUAUUUGAAUAAUGAAAUAUAAUAAAUUUCUUAUUAUUAUCUGAUUUGGAUAUGUACUAAAUUUUGAUGAAGUAAUAAUAUUGCGUUUUGUUUAAUAUAAACGAGGUGUUAUCAAAAGUACUAUGCAGAGAGGCAUUGAAAGUUGUCAUAAUAAAUAUUUUGUACUGUAUUAAUUGAUUUUUCUGUACAUAGUGAAAUAUAUCACAAAGCAUGUCAAUCAUGAAAAUUGAUUACAAAAUAGGAAACAGAACAAAUUUGAACUUUGCUCAAUAGAUCGAACUGCCUUUGUCCAAAAAGUACCGAAAACACAGAAAUCCAAGAAAAGCUAUAUGCUUGUAUGAGAGGCAAGCCCUGAAACUUAGUUUUAGUGUUAAAAUACAUAGUAAAACAUAAAAGGUAUGUAAGCUGAUGGAGAUGACCGAAGACAAUCUUAAAACCAAUGCCACAUAAAAUAUCACAAAGUAUGAGAGACCAAAAUAAAACAAAUCGUUAUAAAACUACAAUAAAGUGGCAAAGAAAGAAUAGAGGGAGAGAGAGAGAGAAGGCGAGGUGGUGCAGGUAAAAGUGAAAGUAAAGAGAGGGACAAGACAGGGUAGGCCUUUAACAAGUCAUUAGGCAUGUCAAAUAAUUAGAAUAAAAUUACACACAAAUUAAACAAAUAUACACAAUACACAUGUUUUAUUUUAAAGUAAGAAAGUGAAAGCCUAUUAUUAUUUUAUUUCAUUCCAGUGGUGAUUUUUUGGGGAUUACAUUAUUACAUCCAAAUGUUGUGCAUUAAUUGAAAGCAAAUAUCGUACAUUUCCUAUUCAGGACAUAAAAUUUCAUUUUUUCAUUUCAUUUGUUUCAUUUUUAAGAAAAUAUAAAUCAAAUAAAUACAAUCAUAACAAGUCAACAUCAUACAAAAUAUACCAAUGUCAUUAAAUCAACUUGAAAAAACAUAUUAUAAGGAAGUUACAUAAAAAAUAAUCAUGUGUAAAAGAUUUGUGAUUUAUGAUAUAUGAAAAUGGAGGAUCCCACUGAAAAGCAAAGCUUGUAUAUUGUGGGCUCCUAAAAAUAGACAAACGAGAAAUAAGUUUUAUAUAUCUUAGCAUGCAUGCAGUAUUUUUUUAUUCAAAUCGAUUUAUCCACCAGUUUUUUAAUUGAAUUGUUUUUUCCGUUAAAACAAAUAACAAUGCAUACUAAAUGAUACAUGUAAAAUUGACAAAUACAAGUAGGAGGAUUGCCCUUCUCAGCAGUAUCAAUAAUGGUGUUGCUGGUCUACGGAGGGGUCCUCAGUGUCAAGUUGCCUCCAUUGCAAUGCCCUAUACAGAGUCACAUGUAUCUACGUUGAGAUUGUUCAUCAUUGCCUGCGACCCCCCCCCCCCCCACCAUCAUUAAUAGAACUAAAUGUUCUAUCCAAAAAUGACAAAGGGGUUCUAGUUUUUAUAACUUACAGCGGUUGAAAUGAGAUAACACCAGUCUUUCACAAAAAAUAAGAUGGUUGUUUUGUUUUAGAUGUUUCGUAUCAUUUCUAUUAUGCGUGCAUCGGAUGCUGUGUCUGAAAUAUGUAAAUAUGUAAUAUACAUGCUUGUAUACGUUACACAAGUGAGUGAAACUUAUUACAUGAAGAAGAAACUUGUUCAAUUAUGGAUCAUCCAUUAAGAAUAUUUCAGAUUACAUUCUAAGAUUGACCUGUACAUAAGACUUAGUAUUUUCUUCACUCGAUCUGCUUUUUUACAGCAACAUUCCAUUUUCAGCUUUGUAUUCUUUAUUAUUUGUCAUAUUUUUUAUGUUCAUUUCUCUUUGUUAUUUACAAAUUAUCAUGUUCAUUUCUCUUUGUUAUUUACAAAUUAUCUCAUGUUGUUUUAGAAUAAUGAUAUCAAUAAUACAUUUAUAAAUAAUCUUGUUUUAGAAUGAUAUAAAACCACCAUACGUAAAUUAAAUUAAUUUUUUUUUAUUGCAAGCUGCUCCAUCAAAUAAAGAACACAUAAACAUGUUGCAUUCGGUUAUGUUGAUAUUUAAUGUAGAAAUCUCUUUUGUUAGGAUUUCCAGAGAUUGUACAUAAAAUGUUAGGGCGGUACUUUGGAAAUGACUAGGGGGUGUGACAGUAUGUUUAAAAGAAUAUUUAUUUGUUUUACCAGGUAAUCAGCAUAAUUGAUAACCAUGGUGAAUACAAUCAAAGUACGAUAAGAGCCAGGUAGAAAUACUCUGUAUUCGUCUUUGAAAUAUUAUUCAAAUGAUAGCACUGGGAAAUCGAAGAAAUCAAGAAAAAGUUUAGGAAUUCUCUAAAAAGUCAUUUAUUGUCAUAAAUUCACACCAUCAUCAUGUAAGUCUACAAUAGAUAAUUAAUACAAUUAAGACACUUAUAAAAUGUUGAUGAUAAUCCUUUACAAGGGAUAUAUUGCAAUUUAAAUUGUUGUUUUCUUCUUAAAUGUGCAUUUUGUAAUAUUGUGGGGCCAGGCUCGAUUAGCACCAGUGCUAUUUUCUGGUCCCAUUUACCAUCGUAUUUUUAUACAUGUGUGACUGUUAUGCAAUUUGCUUCAUAACCUGUAAACAUGUAAAUAUUGUUGGUAAAUAAAGAAAUCAAAUC